AGCUGCCUCCCCGGCCGCACGGUGCGAGGACCCUGGUCCGGACGCCCCGCCAUGCAGCGCCGCGAGCCCACCGUGCCGCUCUUGCUACUGCUGCUGCCUCCUCUGCUGGCGCUGCUGCUCGGGGCGGCCACCGUGGCUCCCCUGGCACCGCGACCCUCCAAGGAGGAGCUGACCCGCUGUCUGGCAGAGGUGGUCACAGAAGUGCUGAUGCUGGGCCAGGCCAAGCGAGGCCCCUGCAUGGCUCUGCUCCACAAAGAAAUGUGUGAGACAGAGUCCUGCGGCUGUGGGUCCACUGAAGAGAAAGGCCUCCUGGUUGGGGAUUUUAAAAAGCCAGAGGCUGGGAAGACAAGGUCCAGCCAGGAGGUGAGGGACGAGGAAGAGGAGGCAGCAGAAAGGACCCACAAGGCCGAAGUGCGGGAACAGGCCAUCCGCGAGCAGCUCCACGGCCGGCUGCGCCAGGAGGACCACAGAAAGGAGGAGGAAAAGGAGAGGGGGCCCGUGGAGACCAUUGAGGGCCCGUGGAAGCGGGUGGCAGAGCAGACCAGCGAUGAGGAGACGGCCCAGUUCGAGGCAGAGGAGAAGGGGGUGCAGGUGCUGGGCAGGGGCCACAGCCUGUGGCCGGGGGCCGAGGCGGGUGGAGAGAGGCACGAGGACCGCCACCACCUCCACCAGGCAGAAGCUGAGCCCAAGCAGGAGAAGAGAAAGGCUUCGGACAGGGAGGAGCAUGACGUGGAACGGCUGGAGCACACGAGAGAUGAGCUGAAGAAGGCGACGGAGAUGCUGGGAGAGGAGCUCAGGAGGGCGGGCUGACCCCUGACCUCGUGUCCUCCUUCCUCACAAACCCUACGGCUUAGGACUGUUGACACCCAAACCCUUCCAGUCCAUCACCCCAUUCUGCUCCCCAACCUGCAGGAGUGGGGAGAAGGGUGCGCCUUGAAACCAGGCCUGAGGGGCCAAGUCUGAGCUGGGUAGAGGGGCUGGGCUCAGACUGACUCAGGAAACAGCCCUGACACCCGUCUAACGCAGUCCAACCCUCCCGAGUGAAUAAAGCACAAAGAAAACCACCAAG